AUGGCUGAAGAACGGUCUAUCAUACGUACUCGCCACCAAAUAAUGAUGGAGAACGAAGAUACCCGUGCUCGUGUUAUUAGCAUGGAGAACCAAAUGGCGCAGAUGAUGGCGUUGUUAGCUGAUCUCUCCAACCAAGUCAAGAACUUAACUUCUGUAGUUCCUACUUCUCCUACCAUGAAUCAUCCUACCGCGCCCUCUAAAGUGCUGGUAGCAGAACCUGUGGGAAAAGGGUCUACUGAAGAGGUUCCUACUGCAACCCCGACAGUUAUUGAUUUAGAGCCUCUGUCUAAAGAGACUCCAACUCCGUACUUUGAUGAGGAAAGUUCAAGACGCCUCGCAAAGAUUGAGGAACGCCUUUGCAUGCUACAAGACUAUCAAUUGCAGGGGUUCGAUAAGCUGUCACCCUUCACCAAAGUUAAAGUCCCUGAAUUCUACAAGGAGCCUGAGUUUACGAGGAAAUAUGAUGGCAUUAGAUGCCCCAAGACCCACUUAAAGUACUAUCUAGGCAAGAUGGCCCGUUACUCAGAUAAUCCUUCACUCCUAAUUAAUUCCUUUCAGGAUAGCUUGGUUGGUCCUACGUUGACAUGGUUUAUAGAGUUGGACUUGGAGAAGAUCCAUACUUGGGAGGAUCUCGCCAACGAAUUCCUCCAACAAUAUAAGUUCAACACUGAAAUCGCUUUGACCUAA